UUGAAACAGAUUGUACAACUCUACGAGUCGCAAUGGCUGCUGCACCGCAAGGACAACAAGUUUUACUGUUCAGUUAAACAAGUUCUAUGUGAGGAACACCUUGGGCGGAUUCGUCUAAGCCACUCUUUUUAAUGUGAGACACUCGUAGGAUAACAGAAAGAUGUCCCAGGGAUGUAUAACUUCUGUGGAGGAGAUCCAGUCUUGGUGGGAAGUCCCCGCCAUAGCGCACUUCUGCUCUCUCUUCAGGACGGCGUUCAGUUUACCAGACUUUGAAAUCGAGGAACUUGAGCAAGCACUACUGAAACAAGACCAAGACUUCCUCUCAGACCUCCUUUGCUCCCUGCUGAAAGGAUGUUAUCAACGCAGCGACAUCACGAUUCAGUCCUUUAACAGUUAUCUGGAAGACAUCAUCAAUUACCGCUGGGAACUGGAAGAAGGGAAGCCUAAUCCACUGAAGGAGCGCCUAUUUGAGGAGCUACCACCCCGCACACAGGUGGAGCUUUUGCACAGACUCUGUGACUAUCGUCUUGAUGCUGCUGAUGUCUUCGACAGGCUCAAGGGCCUGGAUGCAGACAGUUUGCGUGUUGAGCCUCUGGGCCAGGAUGGGAACGGGGCCCUCUAUUGGUACUUUUACGGUACACGGCUCUACAAAGAGGAGCCAGUCGAAGGGAUGUCUCCACAAUACAGUGACAUUUAUGAAAAAGUAGAGAAGAAGAGAAGAGGGAGGCCACCAAAGAAGUCUGAGGAUAUUGAUGAAUCUAUGGAGGAGGAGGACGAGGAGGAUUCUGUGAAGGAAGAGGAUGAAAGUGUCGGGGAGUCUAAACCUGGAAUAGAGCGUGAGCGGGGUGUCUGGUCUCUGAUGUGUGACUCCGAGGAACAGUGGGUCAAUCUGGCCGAAAGUAUCAAGGACCGAAUUUCUUCUCAGGACCGUCACCUGUACCGCAUCAUCACUCAAAACUUCCUGCCUGAGAUUAGUAACAUGAUUGAACACAAGGAGAAAGAGAUGAAGCAGAAGCUACUGAAUCCUUCUGAGGAACACAACAGCUACACUGAACAACAUGGCAGUAAAGAGAAUUGGCAGACACAAGCCACAAUUGAGGUGGAGAAACAGAAGGAGGAGGACCUGGAAAGGCAAGUCCUUCUCGCUGAACAACGGAAAGAAGAAGAGAGACUGCUUCAGGAAGAACGGGACAGAGAAGAACAGGAGCGAGUCAAAGCUGUCGAGGAGCGUGCACGUAGGAGGAAGCAGCGAGAGGAGAAGGCCUGGUUGCUCUCCCAAGGGAAAGAACUUCCCCCCGAGCUGCUAAAUUUGGAGACCCACUCACCUAUUCGUCGAGCACGCCGCACCAAAGAGUUUUAUGACAUGGAUGACGAUUACACAGCUCUCUACAAAGUGUUGGAGGCCCUCAAAGCUCAAAAAGAUGCCUGGCCCUUCAUGGAGCCUGUUGAUGAGUCAUAUGCCCCCAACUAUCAUGAAAUCAUACAGACUCCAAUGGACCUGUCCACCAUUGAGAGAAAGCUGAAUGAUGGGGAGUACAUUGCUAAGGAUGAGUUUGUGGCCGAUGUAAAGCUUAUGUUUGAGAACUGUCUGGAAUACAACGGAGAAGAGAGUGAAUACACAAUAAUGGCUGAGUCCUUGGAACGCUGCUUUAACCGAGCCCUACUGAAGCAUUUCCCUUCUGAGGAUGGCGACACAGACGAGGAGUUUCACGUGAACAGUGAGGACCGUGACCGCAAGGAUAAGAAAAAGGGCAAAAGUCACAAACAGUCAGGUCCCGAGAGCUUGAUCAGAGCCACUGAGCAGGUUCAAAAACGCAAAAUGUCCUAUAGUGGCAAGGGAAACAAUCAGCAACAAGACAUACUCAAAUCCGCUUUACAACCCCCUCCCCCACACUACCGCAAUGGUUCCCCAUAUCCUCAUAACAUCUACCCAGGACAGCAACAGGCUGGCAUGUUACAUCCUGCUCAACAGUUUCAACGACCUGCAGGUCCUUCAGGACCAGGGAUGUAUGCUCAACGUAUGAUGAUUGAUCCCCAGUAUCCAUAUCCUGGACAGAGACCCCUCAUGUCCAGGCCACCGGGGGACCAUGGAACUCAGCAUAUACCUCACUACAACAUGCAGGGUUCCCACAUAAAUGGUCCGCAUCUUGGUCCCAGAUACCCAGUUGGACCUGAUGGCCGGCCAGUUCAAGCUCCACAUCAACAACAUUCCUAUCCUGGUCCCACUCAUGGUCCUUCUCUUGGCCCAAGGCCAAUGGCCCUUCAGCCUGGAGGCCUCUGUGCCCCUCCAUCUGAAGGCAACAUGUACCCUUCACGCCAAUAUCCAGAAGGGCAGUCCAUGCAGCCUGUGGGGAACCGGUACUCCAGCCCAGGUGUCCCAAUGCAUAGUUCCUAUCCUCCUUAUGGCCCCCAUGGCAUAAACAUGCCCAGAAUGUGGCCACCCAUGAACCAUCAAGGGCAGCCGACACCUGGUGGACCUAUGAUGCAAGAACAGAGUGCAACUAGCCAACAUCCAUACAAUCACAACAUGAUCCGUCCUCCACACAGUACUGGUUAUGCAAUGACAAAUGGUCAAUAUAGAAUGCCCUCUGUCAACUCCCAAGGUCCUAUUGGCCAAAGACCACCAGGGGCCCCUCAGGUCUCAAGGCCACAUUUGGCAUCCAUGCUUGAUAGUCCAGAGAUGAUUGCCCUCCAGCAGCUCUCGACCUCAUCAUCUCAUCAUGUUGGGAGCUUUCAGUCAUCCCCACAAAGUAGUGGUAAUACUUUAGUUUCUGCUACACUGUCUUCACCUGAAAACCAUCUCCUCAUGCCUUCUAGAGAUUGUGUUGUAGACAACCAGCACACUCCCAUAUCCCCUAAAGGUUCAAGUCCAGAAUCUGGUGAUAAACAGUCAACCGAGACUGCUCUGACUAAGGCUGACAACCGUUCUCUUCCCAAUCCAACAGAAACAUCUGAGCAUCCUUCACUAGGAACAGCUUCGGCAUCUGUGACCACUCCAAGUACGGAAGGUCCCAGUCAUAAUGAAGAUAGAUAUAGACUGUCAAAUCCAGAGAAAAUCCACAAUGGUGACCACCCAAAUUCUCAAACCCAACCAGGUUCCCUAAUGCAAAAAUUUGUAGAUGAUUCUUCGAUUCCCCAAAAUAGUCCUCAGCCAAUGACCCAUAAAACCCCUGAUGAAAUUCCCCAGAACCCCUCUCUACAAAUCCAUAAACAUGUUCCACCACAGUUUCUUCAGAAUGGUUCUCAACGUCAGUCUCAGAAUGUACCUCCACAUAUUCUACAGAAUCUUCCACAACAGAUGCCACAAAAUGCAUCUAAUCAGUACUUUCAGAACGGCUCACAGCAAAUACAACACAACGGAUCUGUCAGAGGUCCACAGGCAGGACCUCUUCAUGGAAUGCCACAGAUUCCUCCUCAGGGGGGUCAGCCAGGUGUUCACCAGCCUGCAACCCUCAGCUCUCUACCUCCUAGCCACCCUGUAUCCCAUCCACUUGCUCAGCCCUCUCCGGCUGAUCAGGGAGACCAAAGGCCUUGUGAGCCUACCAACAGGAAAGUAUCAGGAGAGAGUAAAGCUUCCCAAGACAGCAGCAAUGCUAACAUGAUGACUGAUUGUCCCAGUGGGCUUUACAAACAACAGCCCUUCAGUCCAAAGUCACAAACCCAGCUGGGAAGGCAGGAGCCAGCACCUCAAAAUCAGGCUCCUCCAGCACACUCUCAGGGUCCAGAGAGCAACACUGUGCUCCAAUAUGGUGUAAGUGAGCCAGCACACCAACACUUUGGCCCACAGAUGGGUAGACCAUUACACCCAUCAAAUCACCAGGCAUACCCAAACCAGGGACCUCCAUCACAGGGUAAUAACCCUCAUCAAAAUCCUGCACACUAUCCUGGAUAUCACCAGCAAGGUGUUCCAUACCAGUAUCGCAUGGCCACACAGCAUCCUCAGGGCCAUCCCAGCAUGCAUCCUCAGUUCCAGCAGCAUCAGCAGUUCUAUCAGCACCACCGACAUGGCAGACCUGGAUUUUCACAUGAGGAGUGGCCUAGACCUCCAUACCAGUCUCAACACCCAAUGAUCCCCAAUUCUUACCAAUCACCAUCCGUUGGAAGUUUUAAUGGACGACACAAGGACAGCAGCAUGUCUCCACAUGGCUCGGAUGGAUCUGGUGGGAGCUUAAUGUCACCCAGUCCUAUACCCGAUGGGUCUCAUAGCAGUGCUUUGGAGAAUAGGGAGGAUGGCAGCCCUGCCAAGCAGGCAAGAACUGAAGAGCCUUCUGAACGCUCAGAGAGCCCAAAAGAGAUCUUAGACCUGGACAGCCACAAUGCUUCAGCCCGGCAUCGUACUUCAGCUCAGCUGCACCCCAGUUUCCCAUAUGGGACUCGUGGCAUGCAUCCCAGCAUGCAGCAAAGUGGUGCUCAUCCACCCCAUAUGAUGGCAAGUGGGCCGUAUUCUGGCCAGCAUUUUCCCAGUGCACAUUUUGCACCACAGCAUCCUCAUCCACAUUUGAUGGAAGCUUUACAGAGGCCCCAGCACCUGCCUUUCUCUCCAGGUCAAACUCGAAUGGUUAUGUACAGGCAUCCAAAUGUUGCAGGGCAGUUCCAGGGAAUGAUGGUUUCUCAAAGAGCAGUGGUUGCAGAACACUUACUUCGCACUGGGCACCAAAUGUUGGGUACACCAUCUCCCAAUGGCCCAGGCAAUAAACAAGGUGUAUGAAAAAAAAAAA